GCGAUGGAGGAUGAACAAAGGAUGGAGUGAAAGCUCGCAGUGAUGAGGGAGAAGAAGAGAAGAGUGGAGGCGGCGAAUGCGGCAAUGCAGGAACUGGAGGAGGUGAGGGAUGCCGUAACAACACAAUUGAUUCCGCAAGUGGAUCUCCAACGUAAAGUGGAGAUCAUCGCCCAGAGCGUUGAGCGGUUAGCUAAAGUGCAAGAAAGGCACUUUGAGUUUAGUCGCAGCCAGGAGAUAUCUGUACGCUCGAUGCGAACGGGCUUACGAGACUUUGCUCGCGAGUUAGUAGGCGCUGUGGGGUCCGAGGUGACUCACCGCCUCGAGAAGACUGAGCGUUUUUGUGUCGGCGCCAUUGAGGGCGUCAAGGUGGCCGCUCCCAAGGAGGAGGAGGCUCGUCCUCGCGGGGAGCCGAUCAAAGUCAAAUUCCCUGAUUCCUAUAGUGGGAAAAGGGAAGAGAACUUUGACAAUUGGGACGCCAAUGUUAAGACUUAUGUGCAUCUGCAACAGGUAUCCCCAGAUCAGCGGGUCCUAAUUGCGAUCCACGCGCUUAGAGAUGAGGCCGCCAACUUUGCAAGGUCCCAAGUUCGCGCUGCCAACUGUAGUGACGACCCGGUAGCGUACUCCUCAUUCACGUCCCUCACCGAAUUCUUGAAGUUGUUACGCGAGCGAUUUGCUGAUGUUGGCCGUAGUGUCAAAACCUCAGAUAUGGAAGAGUGCAAGGGCACUCAAGGGCACAAUGGAUGAGUUAGUGGCUGUUCCUGACCACAAGGUCACAGAGACCCAGUUGGUCAACCUCUUCUACCGGGCCAUGCCCGAAGC